AUGGACAGCAACCGUGAGGCUGAUCCGAUGGAUGAAGGCUGGAAUCCUGGUGAUCGCACAGAUACCUAUGAUGUAAAUGGCUCCGUGGCACGCUCUUCUGUUCGAUCGUCAAUUGCUCCUAGCUGGAAUGACGAUGUUGACCGCAUGGACGAAGACCUGGACGCAGAUAAUGUCCACGGGCCCAAAUCGACGGGCUUCGGGUCCUCGAGGCAAACAUGCUCAUUCAACAAGGCCAGUUCAGCGCCUUCUACGAGCGUUCGGGUGUCUACUGAAUUGGUCGCUGCUGAAGCCGUCCCUGACGAUGUGGAAGUGAAAGUGGAAGAGGAAGACGUUGAUGAGUCGAACGAGCUCCUGGAUGAUGAGAGGGCUCUUGUGCAACGUGAAUAUUUGAUAUCAGAUGUUGAAUCCGCGGAAAUGCAGCUCCAGCUCCUGUUUGAGGACACAAGAUGGCGCCUCCAUGAGCCUCUCGACUAUGACGAAUACGAUAACGUCCACUAUCUGUCUCAGGAGUUUGCAAGAAGCCUUCUAUCUGAUCAAUUUAUCGACGCACCCGUUGAUCAGGUGCUGGACGAGUUCCAGGCUGCCAUGUCACCCGACCUCGCAGCGCGAUUUGCACGCUUUGACCAAAAGGUUCGAGCAUACGAUCCUGCUUCCGCGCCACCGGCAACAAUCGACGUUAGCACAGUGUGGCCAGCUGGGGACGGGGCUGUUCUCGACCACUUCCAGAAGCGCCUCAAAGCAGAGCUGGAAAAGAUUGAAAAUCUUCACAUUCCUGAUACCCGGUUGAAAUUACUUUCUAGCAGCUUCUCGAGCCCGUUCGCUUGCCUCAUGUCGUAUCCUUGCAAAGGUCGAGGCAAGUUCGAACAUUAUUAUCAAAUCGCGGACGUUGCAUUCCCUUCUAUUGCAUGGUCGAGGCUCCUCAUCAUGGACUUUCCCGAUGAGCUCGGGUCCCACAGGCUCGCUUCGACUAUUCAGAGAUUCUGCACCACUUGGAAUUUCACGACUGUGUCAAAGGCUUGGCGCCCGUCGCUCUGA